UCGCAGUGUGCCCAUUUAAUGGGGAACUUGAUGCAGCGCAAAGCUUUUAUAAAAAGGGCAAAGCGUUGGGUAGCUGGGUUUGAGGCGCGCGUCGGAGCCUCGGAGGUGGAGCAAAGGGAGGCUGCUCCGUCGUAGCAGAUGGGCAGCACUUGUGAGUGCUCCUUGAGGUGUCCGGAUCACCAUUACAAGAACUGCAUGGGCAACGAGGAAUUGCAACUCCAUGAUGUCACUGAUGAAGAUUUCAGGGACUGCAUCGGCAAUAAGAAGACGCGAUUCCAUGUUGUCGCCGAUGAAGAUUUCAGGAGCUGCAUGCGCAUACCACCGGAUGUUGGAAGUCAUUUUAGGAAAAUCUCGUCUGAGACCAUCAAGAUAAAUGCUCCAAAUGGUUGCCUAUAUGAUAUCGGGGUUUCCAGGGAGAUGGGUGAGAUAGUACUACGUUCUGGUUGGGAUGUUUUUUCCGCUGCACAUAACUUGGAAGAGAAUGACUCUCUUGUGUUCAAGUUCUGUGGGAACUCGACCUUUAAAGUCCAGAUAUACAGUUCACAUGGUGGUUCCCAGAAGAUCACUUCAUGUGUUAGUCCACCUUCUGAGAUCCUUGAAGCUGUUCUUCCCAGCACUUGUGAUCAUCACGCUUCAAAGGGAAAUGAGGUACCUUAUCCCAGACACGAUCAGGAGACAGCUGAGUUUGACUAUUUAACAUCAGGAGGCUCCUGUUUAACCAAGGCACAAGAUGAGAAAGUAUUGGAAAUGGCUCACACAUACAGGUCUCAAGUUCCUCUGUGUGUGGCGGUCAUGAAGAGAACCAAUGUUGAUGUAAAGGGUUGCUAUAUUAGUAUUCCAUCUAUACUCUUGAAAAAUGUUACAGAGGAGGCGUUUAAAGCUACUGUUAAACUAGAAGCACCUGAUUCCAAAAUAUACAGUGUUUCAGCUGCCCAACAAAGUGAUGAUGAAAUAGCUCUCCAGUCUGGAUGGGAUGCUUUUGUGGUUGCUCAUAGGGUGCAAGAGGGUGACCUCAUCAUUUUCAGAUACAAAGGGAGCUCUCGCCUUGAAGUUUUCAUCCUUGACCAAAAUGGUUGUCAGAAAAGCUCUUCAUGUUUUGGCAAGGGAUAUGUUUCCAAUGCCCAAGAAAUAUGUGAUGAUUCAGUCAAAAUUAUUGAUCCACCCCAUACAACGGUUGAUAUCAUCGACCUGAGUAGCAGCAGUUCUGAUAAUGAUGACAAUGUGGCAGCAUACACUGAGAAGUCAGCUAGGCUCCAGAAGCGGUACUUUGACCGUUGUGCAAAAACUAGGAGGAUGGAUUCAACUUCCAGCCAAUCUUGUACAUUAGGCCAUGAUCAUGAAGAUCUUCAAGCAUAUAUGGUGGAUGGGGUCAAUCGGAGUCGGAGCCCUCUCAAUUCCAACUAUUAUGUGGUUCCAUCCCUGCCUCUCUACAUUAUAUCAAGAAAGACAACUCUAUCUGCAGCACAGGAGAAGAUGGUUCUAGAGAAAGUCCAAGCAAUUGGAUCUAAAUUUCCUAUUUUUGUGUCAGUGAUGAACAGAACCAGUACUGGUGGGAAAAAUUUCUUAAUGAGAUUUGCCACGGAAUAUGCUAGAAGAUGUCUUCCAUUGGCAACCCAAGAUCUUACUCUUCAGCUGGAGGGUUGCCCGGGCAAGCAGUGGGACACCGUGCUGCAUGUUCAGGGUGGUCACGUGAAGAUAUCCGGUGGCUGGGCUGAAUUUGUCACCGACAACUGCCUCUGGCCAGGGGACAUAUGUAUGUUCGAGCUGGUGAAGAUCACAAGGAGGCUCAAGAUGAUUGUGCAUCUCAUUCGCAAGUGGGGUGUUAGCAGCCGAAGCCGCGACGAUGCUGAUGUUGCUGGGCCUCAACAGGGAGUACGUGAUCGCCGGCGCAGCUCCAGGAUUACCGGCAAUGGGUGCGCAAGUGAUGUCAUGUGUGCGCGUCCCCUCUGCGUGCGAGGGGGAAUGGGGGAUAAAUCCCGGCGGGAGGGAGAGGAAGAGCUCAUGUAACAACUUACCAAACAACUCGCACUGAGUAACCAUUCCUCGUCCCAAAUCUCUUCUCCGGUCCUAAGUUCUUGCCUAUUCCCUCUUCUUCUUCUGAUUAUCCAGUGCCUAACAUGGGGUGCAUGUAUAUAGAGAGAGCUGUAGCUUGAGCAAUCAUAAGGAGCUGGAGAGGAGGCAUUCCACUUUUGUGUUCAUGGUCUCCACCUGUCAGGGAUAUCCAUGUGAACUCCAUCUGUGAUGAUACCUGGGUUUACGUUUUCGCUGAUAUUAAGUAUUUUAGAUGUUACUAGUUGCCAUCAAGUAGGCUAAUUUGGUAUGGUGAGAACAGGGGAAAAAACAUCUGUCUGCCUGGAGGCUGAAUAUUGUUAUUUGUUAAUUGUGACAGUCGUUUCUUCAGGACAUUCAGCACA